AUGGAAUAUCAUAUAUCUCAUAACUGUGUGAAUGCACUUUUCGCACUUUUAGCGAUAUUGAUAUCAGAAGGCCAUGAUCUACCCCGAACUGCUAAAACUUUACUUAAAACGCCAAAACUAAAGGACCAUAGAAUCAUAAGUAUACAUCCAGGGUCAUAUAUUCAUUUUGGUGUUGAAUUUAUGAUGUCUAAGAUUUUAAUGAUGCAUCUUGAUAAUUUUGAUACAGACAUUAUAAUUGAAUUGGGAAUGAACGUUGAUGGCUUACCUCUCACAUCUAGUUCAAAAUCAAGUCUUUGGCCCAUACUUAUUUCUUUUAUCGGUCAAAUUGUAUGUGACGCCCCAGCGAAGGCGUUUAUUUUGAAUGUUAAAAGUCAUUAUGCGUACCAUGAGUGUAAUUCCUGCACUGUUGAAGGUGAUUUCAUAAACAAUCGUAUGGCAUAUUUGAACAUGGAUGCUCCUUUAAGAAAUAACCAAUCAUUCCGAGUUAUGAAAAAAUUAAUAAGUUUUUGGGUAAAAGGUAAAAAACCAGUACGUCUUGUAAACCCUGAAAGUAUUUCUGAAGAAUUAUCUAACAUUAAAUCUUUUUUGCCUGUUGAAUUCAAUCGCUUACCAAGACCAUUAGACGAGUUUGAGUACUGGAAAGCUAGCGAUGUGAUUGAUGUGAUGAUUGAAACAAAUCAUGUGAUUGCACCGAUAAAUGCGCUAACUAUAAGGGUAAUUUAUCAAGAAUACUUGGUGAGACAUACGUCUAUCGAAAGAAUGAUGAAUUGGGCUGUACGUGCAAGGACUUUGUCGCAGCAAAUUAAUCUAGAAUUUAGGGCGUUAAGAAUGCUAAUGUCUAAUCAUUAUUCUGAUAGUUCAAUCCCCGUAGACGAGAGCAUAGUUAUGAUGUCACUUGAAGAUGUAUUUCGUUUAUCAAGGAGAAUUACAUAUAACCAUACUCAAUAUUAUAUAUUUAUGCAACUUAUGUAUUGGCUUAGGAGAUUGGGAGAAAUUGAGCCAGUAGAAUAUAGACGGCGUCUAAAAGUACAAUGGAGGUUCGAACUCAAUAUGGAUAGGCAUACUAUUGUAAAAAUCAUGGAUUACCUUUCUUCUAGUGACAGUGAUGACGAUGAUGAAAUUAUAAAGUAUUUUAUGUCCAGAAAACAAAGAAUAAUACCAAAAAUUAAAAAUUAUAUUUUGGACAUAGUUCAUGUUUAUACAGAUAAACAAUUCAAAGGUAGUUUUAGGGUGGAACGAUCUACUGUGUACAAUAUUAUAGAAAAAUUUGAAAAAUCUAUUUUUUUUCCAAGAAAAAAUUUAAAUGAAUCUUCAGUCACAUCAGAAAACCAUAUACUUUCCUUUUUAUGGUUUUCUGCAAAUAAAUGUUGCCUACGUGAUGUGUCAGAAUGGUUUGGUGUUGGAUUGACCACACAAUUUCGUAUCAACAACAGAGUUAUGGACUUUCUUGUUGAUAUUUCAGCUACUAUUAUAAAUUUAAACGAAGGAACUGUUAAAUUAUCUCAAGAAUUUCAAAAAGUUUCUGGACUUCCUGGUGUAAUAGGAUGCAUUGACGGGUCUUCAAUACCUAUAAGAACUCCUGCUCACAAACUUAAAAGUACAUAUACCAAUAGGCAUGACAUGCCAUUUAUUACCCUACAAGCUAUAUGUGACUACAAAAAAAAAUUUAUUGAUGUAUUCACCGGUGCACCAGGGAAAAUCCAUGAUUCAAGAGUAUUUGCUCUGUCGGACAUUAGUAAAGAGUUACCUUUAAUAUGUGAAAAUAAAUACCAUAUUAUUGGAGAUGGUGCUUAUAGUAUAAGAGAUUGGCUAUUAGUACCAUACAAGAAUUAUGGAAACUUAACAGACUCCCAAAUUAAAUUUAACAAAAUAUUAUGUGGUACUAGAGUUUUAAUUGAAAAUUCAUUUGGACUUCUUAAGUCACGGUUCAGACAACUACUUCAAGUUGAUAUACAUGAUGUGAACAAAAUAACUAAGUUUAUUAUUUCAUGUUGUGUAUUACACAAUAUAUGCAUUGAUAUGGAAGAUUAUAUUGAGUUGGAUGAUGAAAUACUAUUAACAAUAACAUCAGAACCAAAUGGUUAUGCAAUCGACUCCGACAUUGUCUUAAGAAAAAAAGGAGAAGCUAAACGGGAGGCACUAAAAAAUAGUUUACAAUAUUUUCAGUGCUACACUUCUGAUGAAUGA